AUGCAGUGGCCAAACGACAAGGAUUGGGCGCUGCACAAACACAAUAUAUGGCUUCUCUAUAUUGGAGAAAACCUGCCUCUCAAGGAGGUGAUAGUACAGAUGCGCUCUAGGCACGGCUUCAAAGGCACCCCCAAGAUGUACAAAUCACGCCUUGCGCUUUGGGGCUUCACCAAAUAUAAGAAGCGCGUGGGAAAGCCCACGGAAAAUGAAGACGUUUCCAGCGUCACGGUUUCUUCAAGUUCGCCCCUCUCGGUGGCUGCUGUUCGGCGCGCUUUCUCCUCCCGCACUGUCAGUCCUGCUACCCUGCAAAGCCCCCUUCCACCGUCUGUAGGCGAAUCCAUUUUCAGGCUUGUCAGCGGAUAUUACAGGGCUUCAUGUGAUACGAAACUGUGGUAUACAUGCGAGUCGGGGCGAUUUACAACCAGCAAAGAUGUCGCACGCUCAGCGAGCAACCCUGACAAAUUUGUUGGAUUUUGGACUGCUGGCUUGUCUUUCGCCAAGGAGCGAGAUUUCAAGAAUACUCGACAGUCACUCUCGAACGCCUGUGAGCUUAUCCCGACUAUGGUACUGGCUGAACACCCUGCCACAAUGCGCGCUAUCCUGGAGCUGCUGCUUCUAUAUAAUAGAGAGGGCUAUUAUGAACUGGCUCAACUUGUGCUGCAGCAGAUCUACCAGAUGGCUGGUCUAUAUCUUUGCCACAGUCAUCCUCUAUCAAAUAUUUGCACCCUUUUCCUUCGGGUGGAACCGAGUGAGCUUGACGAGCUUUUCGAAUGA